GUUGGAUAUAAAAUUGGCGUUGUCAAAAAACGAGUGUUCGAGGAGGUGGCCGUAUAUUGUAUUCGUAUUGUAUUGGAAAAGUGAACGGCUCAAGUCACCUCUAAAAUUGUUAAAUAACUCCGUUAAUUAUAUCUAGAAUAUAAUUCAAAAUGAAACUAAUUUAUCUCAUGUUAUUGGUCUUGCCUGCGGCGCUUCUUUGCUUUCAAAAUGGGAACACACUCCUAGCAAAAGCUGACGAGGAUGAACUAGAUGAUGUAGUGGACAUUGAGGGUGAAGAUAACCAGGUGGUGGGUGAAGAUGCGCUCGGCGAUGAAGAUGAUGACUCGGUCAAAUCAUCACAAGAUGUUGACACUACGAUAAUGUUCAUCAAACCUUUACCAAGUUAUGGUGAUGCAGUAUUUGACAUACAAGCCGGCUUCCCCGUAGAAUUCCUCGUCGGUUUCACCAACAAAGGCUCAGAAGAUUACAUUGUAGAGACCAUGGAGGCCUCAUUCAGAUACCCCAUGGACUACACAUACUACAUUCAGAACUUCACAGCGUUGCCGUACUAUAGAGAAGUGAAGCCAAAGCAAGAGGCUACGUUCGCUUAUUCCUUCAUCCCCAAUGAAGCAUUCGCUGGCAGGCCUUUUGGACUUAACAUUCAGUUGAACUACAGGGAUGCCAGUGGGAACUUUUAUCAGGAUGCUGUAUACAACCAGACCCUUAACAUCGUAGAAGUCUCAGAAGGUCUGGACGGAGAGACCUUCUUCCUAUACGUGUUCCUGGGAGCAGCGUGCGUGUUGGCGCUAGUGUUGGGCCAACAAGCGCUGUCGUCGCUCGCGCGGCGCCGCUCGCCUCGCUCCGCGCCCAAACCUCUUGAGACUGGAACGGCCAGCGAUGUAGACUAUGACUGGCUACCCAAGGAAGUCGUUAACCAGCUCAAAAAGUCGCCCAAAACGCCCAAGCAGUCGCCGCGCCUGAGGAAGGCGAAAAGAUCUGCGGGCGCGGACGAUUAAUUAUAGCAUCGAAUUAUUAGCGUAGGAACACCAAGCAAUGCCUAACCUAGGCUAUGAGUGAUCCUUGACAACUGGAAUAGGACUAGCUCACUCAUUCUUGUGACAUUUUAGCCCUAAGCGAGCCUAAGGCCGUGUCCCCAUUAGGCAAACAGACUCUGAGCGGCGUACCUGUCGCUAACUCUAUGUCAGUUUGAGUACAACUAUUCUCAUACCUCCAAUUUGCACUUAGCCAAUGUGGGUAGACUAUGGCCAAACCCUUCAGUGGUGAGCCGGUGAAGGGUUGAUCAUGAUGGUGAUGAUGAUGAUGAUUCUCAUACCUAUCUAUAUAAUUAUAUUAUUGUAUACUUUUUGCUUCACUGCAAAUUAGCCGCUCGCUGAAUGAGUCGGCAAGUGAAACGCCAUAAACCGCGUACAUUACGCUCUGAAUGGCCACUCCAUUUAAAAAUUAUAGGAAGGCAAACUAAACAAACCACUCACUGUUCGUCUAGUGGGGACAAGGCCUCAAUUGUUAGGGCCGCCUUUACCAUAACCUUACAGUUACACAAGCCAAACGCCCCAAAAUAUGACAUUCUUCUGUAAAAUUAUAAAAAAAAAUUGUUCUCUGUUCUUUGAUUUAUUUUCUAUCUCGUAUUUUCAUAUUAAUUUAUAUGUGCUGUUUACUAAAUUUAAUAAUAAAUAAUGCUGACUGCGCACGCGAUGUUUAUCAAUUUAAUAUAUUUUCAUAGUUAGCUCGAAUAAGCUAACAAAAAAAUUUACCAUUAUUUUUAUAUUUUUCUUACUUUGAAUCUAUAAAGUUAUUUAAGUGCCCACUAAGUAGGCAUUCAAAAGACUCAAUAGGCUAAUGAUAUCAUUCUCCUAUUCCUAUUUCAAAUUGUUAUAAAGUGAAAAACUGUGUUUUUAGUUGCUGAAAGUUGUGAGUAAAUUAUGGAACAAAAUGUGUGGAUAACUUUGUAAUGAUGUGUGAAUUAUGUGGAGACAUUAUUUAAUUAAAAAUGUUACAUUUUUA